GACCGAGUCAGCUGAUUUCUUUCCAGCAACAGGGAAGUGGGAGUUAUAGGUAUGUCUGCGCCCCGGUGCGAUUGAACUUUUUGGGGGGGGCUGUAGGUUGAGGGAGGAGCAGACAGGUUGCCGACGAAAGGGCAGCCGACAAUCUAGAGGCGGUGAGCACCUGGUGGGGCCCGUGUGUCUGUCAUCCCAGGGGAAAAAAUCACGUCAGUGGGCGACAUGUUCGGGGGGGAAGACGACGACGGGGAUUUUCUGUCUCCCACGGGCGGGGCUAAACUGGCCUCUCUGUUCGGAAUGGACCAGGCAGCCAUUCGGGGGAAUGAAUCUUUCCAGUAUACAGCCCCUAAGCAGCCCAAGAAAGCUUCUGCUCAUGCAGGCCCGCCCUCUCAAAAGCCCGCCCCUCCCCCGGAAGCUCCAGCCGUCUUAUUGGCUACCGCCGUGCUUGCCUUCCGCUAUGUGACCGGGCAGUACGUGAAACAGGGGAAGCUGGGAGCUGCAGUGCUGGGAAAUCACGCGAGCCGAGAGGUAAGGGGAGCCUGCCGCCCUGGACUGGUGUUCAGGACUGGCUCGCUUCUUCGGCAGCCAGGGUGUCCCCCAAACUACGACGCUGUAGAAAGUCCAAUGCUUUCCUCUCUUUCACAGGUGCAUCCCGGUAAUUAUGGGUCAUUUUACGAUGACCAGCGGCAGAACUGGUCGGUGAUGUUUGAGUCGGAGAAGGCAGCGAUGGACUUCUGUAAGGAGGUGUGUGUGGCCAAGGGAAACAGCGCCCCCUCUCUGGAUGCUGUGGUGAUACAGGACCUGGUGCUGGGGGAGGGGCAGGCUGUGGAGACGGGGGACUCUCUGGAAGUGGCGUACACGGGCUGGCUGCUGCAGAACCACGCCAUCGGGCAGGUGUUCGACUCCAACGUGAACAAGGACAAGCUGCUGCGUCUGAAGCUGGGGGCUGGAAAGGUCAUCAAGGGCUGGGAAGAAGGAAUGGUUGGGAUGAAGAAGGGAGGACGCCGUCUUCUGUGUGUGCCGCCCAGCCUGGCGUACGGUGCCCAGGGCAUCCCGAGCAGGAUUCCUGCGGACAGCACCCUCGUCUUUGAGACCGAGAUCCGCAGGGUGAAGUUCGCGAAGGACAGCGGGACUGACCGGCUCGGUGCGGGGUCACGGGACUCGGCGGCCCCUUCGCCCGCCCCCAGCGUGGAUAGCCUGGGCCCCGAAACCCACCUGCAGCCCCUCGCCUCGACCCCGCCCAAGCCUGGAGAUCUGCCGCUGCGCGCCAAGUCCAACUCCCUCAGCGAACAGCUGACGAACCCAGACGCCACAAAGGCCAAGCUGAUCUCCCGCAUGGCGAAGAUGGGCCAGCCGAUGCUGCCCUUCCUCACGGGGGCAGUGUCCUCCCAGCCAGACUCCAGCGACUCGGAGAUGGAGGUAAAGGCUUUUUUUUUGGGGGGAGGGGGGAGAUUGCUCUGUGGGCUUCUAUUACUGUCUGCUCUUUCUUCCCAGCAUGCACUGCCACAGGAGCUUGGCUGGGACCAGGUGCGGGUGACGGAGGAGCUGUCAGCCGCCACGGCGCGGAUGUCCCAGCUGCAGCUGGAGGUGACCUCCCACCAGCAGAGGGAUAUGGAGCUACGCAGCCAGCUGAGCGCCGCCCUGCAGGAUGCAGAGAAGUACAGCGCCCAGAUCAGCACACUGCAGGCACAGCUGGCAGAGCUGGGGGAGACGAGCGCGCGCGCUCAGGGGCAGUACCGCGCGGAGAAACAGCGCCGCAAGGAGCUGGAGGUCCGAGCCGCCAACCAGGAGGAGGAGCUGCAGGACCUGCGGGCCGAGAAAGAGGGGCUGGACAGGGCGCUGGCGGACAGGAAGAGGAAGUGGGCGGAGGAGAGGCAGCGGCAGGAGGAAGAGCUGGAGGAGGGGCGGCGCUCCAGCCAGCAGGAGCUGGACCACCUGCGGGCUCAGCUGAGACGGGCCAGAACCAGCACCGACCAGGCCACUGCGGCGCAGGUACAGAUCUGA